AUGGAUGUUCCUGAGCCCGAGCAAACGCCGUUUACUGCGGUCUCCGCGCAAACCUCGAAACUUGCUAGACAAUACCAAACCUACCUUGAUGCUUCGACGCCAUUCACCACCUAUCGCUGGAUAGGCACCGCUGUUCUUCUACUCGUCUUCUUUCUGAGAAUUAUCUUCGCUCAGGGGUGGUACAUUGUCGCAUACACCGUUGGAAUUUACCUCCUAAACCUCUUCCUCCUGUUCUUGCAACCAAAAUUCGACCCCUCUCUUACACAAGAUGAGGGCCUCGAGGACGGCGACGCAGGCUCCCCUAGCCUCCCCACAAGGCAGGACGACGAGUUCCGUCCUUUCAUCCGACGUCUCCCCGAGUUCAAGUUCUGGCAUUCCGCCACGCGCGCCCUCGCCAUCGGAUUCGUCUGCACCUGGUUCACCAUCUUUGAUAUUCCGGUCUUCUGGCCUGUCUUGGUCGUUUACUGGAUCCUGUUGUUUGUCUUGACGAUGCGCCGACAAAUUCAACACAUGAUCAAAUACCGCUACGUGCCUUUCUCCUUCGGAAAGACCCGAUACGGCCGCUCAUAG